AUGGCUAGCAUAAACUUCAUUUCCAUGCCCAAAACUCGCAUUCUUGCUUCUUCUCUACCCAACAACACUUCACCAUCACUUCCUCCUCACACUAAACCCAAUUCCCGGCGACAAACCACCUCCCCACCACCACCACUAACGGUUGAACCAAAACAACGGCAGAAACAACAGCAAAAUCAACCUUCAAUUGCAGAAAUUGAACGAGCCAUUGGUGCCGGCACUUUCAGAGACAGAGACACAAGCGGAGGGGAUUCAGAACAGAACCAGACUAUGUUUGAUGUCAUUUUCUCGAAUUCUAUUGGGAAGACUGAAGGGUCAGUGGAGAAGAAGCUCCGGGAGACUGGGGAGUGGAUCAUUGAUCGAACCGAGACCUCGUCUCGUUCUGAUGGGAAGAGAAUCUUGCUGAUCGUGUUCUUAGGAGUCUUACCAAUGUGGAUUUUGUCAUUUCUAGUAGCUUCCGGGAUCAUAAAGCUACCAUUCAGCAGCCCUUUUCUUGAUGAUCUGAUUAUGUGAGUAAAGAACUGUAUCCCAGUUUAAGCCAAGGCUCAAAUUUUCUGUAUGUUCAUGGCAUGCAAUUAUUGACAUGCCUCCAGCUUCCUGCAAACUAUCAAGUUAAAAUUCCAUAGCCACCUCCACCGCGUUGUGUUUAAAGCAGAUCUAAUGUACGAAGGAGCAUAUAUAGAAGGACAUACGUGAACAUGUUGCACAACCAAUCCAUGUUGUAGCCCAUUUCACCUUUUUAUACAUAUUCGCAUUGUAUAUGUACAUUUUGACAAUUUUAUUGUGUCAUUACCAUGAUAUAGAAUAUAGUAGGAGGUUCAAACAUUCUUUGUUUUGG